CUAACAUUUUACAGUCUCGCACUCGUGCGCUUAGGAAAAGUACACAAAUAUAUAUAUUAUUGUGAAGUUUAUUUUAAGCCUUUUAUAAUUGCGUUAGGUAAAAUAUCGAUAGUGAAGUGUAAGAUAAGUAGUGUAUAGGCUUAUUUGUUAUGUGGAUUGUUUUGGAGAGGCCAUUUGAAUUGAUGUGAAUCACACAACAGCCCAUACUAUAUAGUGCAUCACCCGUGUAAUCGUAAAUUAACUACACUAAACUACUCUUUAAUGUUAAAGAUAUAUUAUGAAUACCUCAACGAGAUAUUUCAAUUUGAACCUCCGUAUCCCAUGUUUUAUUAUUGGAUACAUUAAUUUGUUUGUGAGUAUCAUCGAUGUGUUCGUUCAAGUCACUGUGGUGUUCAUAAUAACUAAUGGAUUCCAAUGUGACGUUAGUGAAAACUCUUUAAGCAAAAUAAACUGGCCAUGGAUGGAACUAAUUCUACUUGUAUUAAAUAUUGGGACGCAUGGCUUCUAUCCAUUCCCACUAACUCUACGGAACCGAUACAAUUUAUACGAUGGAUAUUCACCAAUUAUAGAUGAGCCCAAAUGCUACCCUGGCAUAAUGCAUAUAUACCUGGUGGACAUAUUGAAUUUUGUCAUUAACAUAAUAUGGUUUAAAUUCGUUAAGGAGUACGUCAUCGCUCUACACAAGAAAGAUCCCGCGCCUAUGCGUAUGUUUUUGGUAAUUUGUAUCCUAAAAUUGGCACUGCAAGCUAUAUAUUUCAAGACACAACCUGACUUCAAACUUAUCCGUAAUCUAGAUUCGUACUGGUUGAUCAAAUAUAUGGAUAUUAUUAUUUCAGCUCUCUGCAUUAUUAUCAUUUUCUUAUAUACACGACAGAUAAGGAAUGUGACUCGUAAGUUAUUGCCUACCACAAAUAAUGAUUGCCUGAAGCAACCAUAUAAAAUUCUGAAGGAAGAGGGCGCCACAGACGCCGAAAAAUGUGCAAAUAAAUGUUCUGCUAUUUACAUUAAUUGAACAAUCAGAUUAAAAUUUUGUACUAGUACAAAUAUCAAAUCAUAUAUAAUUAAAUCAGCGAGGAGUAUAUAUUAAACAAGCAAAUAGAUAUCUACUUGUAUGGUGUCUAUUAGAGUUCUAUUACCAUAUAUCGGUUGUGAAAUAAAAAAAAAAAAUAUAAUAAAAGUUUUAUAUAAAUAAUUCUAUUAUAUAAGUUAUUUGUUUAAAGCAGGUAUUUUAAUUUAAUUUGUAUCAUUUAAUAAGUACUAUUAAAUGAAAUAAAAUUAAAUAAAAUGAAAUGCAAUGAAAUGAAAUAAAAUGAAAUAGUAUCUUUAUAUGUAAUUAAAUACAUUUUAGUUUUUGUUUGUGUAUUCUUUGUGUAUUUUUUUUUGUAUGAUUUUUUAUAAUAAGCAAAAAAUAAAGAAUGAGUAAAUAAAAUUAUGAAAUACAUACCCAA